AAUGCCAACAAUGGGAGACACUCCCGCCGCCAAAUUCCAAAGCCACCUCGAAAUCAAGACGCUACGGCCACCCUCACCUCCAACUCGUCCCUUCUCCUUAUCAAAAAACCAAGACCGAGAACACCAAAAAACUCCUUUCUUCAAGUCUCGAGCCGGUAUAAGAAAAAGCGACACGUGGAUCAUCUCCGUCUUCGUCAUCCUCCAUGUCGUGGCCUUCAUUGCCACCAUGGUUGCCAAUGAUUGCUGGAGAAACUCUCACGGUGACUGCGCACUCAAAGCGCUCGGAAGGCUGUCGUUUCAGCCACUCCCUGAGAAUCCUUUACUCGGUCCCUCUGCUUCUGCGUUUGAUGAAAUGGGAGCUCUCCGCCAGAAUUUUCUGGAAGAGAAUCACCAUGCUUGGCGUCUGUUCACAUGCACUGGGUUGCAUGCUGGGCUCAUUCAUCUAAUCAUCAACCUCGGCAGCGUCAUCUUUGUAGGAAUUCACUUAGAGCAAGUGUUUGGACCGCUGAGGACAGGUAUCAUCUAUAUACUCUCUGCUUUUGUUGGAAGCUUGGCCGCCGCACUAUUCAUCACAAAUAGCCCAGCAGUCGGUUCCUCUGGCGCAUUAUUUGGUUUGCUUGGAGCUAUGCUUUCUGGGGUCCUACGGGACUGGAAUGUUUACACUCAUAAGUUGGCGGCGAUAUCAUUUCUUUUCUUUGUCUCCACAAUCAAUUUUGCUGUCGGUUUGCUACCUUAUGUAAAUAAUUUUUCAAGCAUUGGUGGUCUUAUAUCAGGAUUUCUACUUGGUUUCGUGCUUCUGUUCACCCCUGAGGUUAAGCCAUUGGUUCACAACAAGGCAGGCCUCUACGAGUAUAGUACCAAAAGUUCUAUCAAAUCAAAGCUGAAGCUAGACAGGCCAAUCAUAAGGGGUGUCUGUCUUAUUCUUUUUGUUUUUGUGCUUCUUGGAUCUCUUGGAGCAGUACUUGGAGGAAUAAAUGUAAACCAAUAUUGCAAAUGGUGCAAAUAUAUUGACUGCAUUCCUUCUAAAAGGUGGAGUUGCAAUGACAUAACAGCUAAUUGCGAGCAUAAUGAUUUUGGCACUUCAAAACAGUAUAAUGGAAUGCCUCUGAAGAACACUGCGAAGAUUAUAGAGUCUACUCUCGGCAACAAUUCUCCUGCUACUGUCGCCAACAACUCUUCUGCCACUACUAUUGACAAUCCUACAGCUAUAGCCUCUGGCAACACCUCCUUCGUAGCUGGCCUUCAUGGAGUGUCCCAUUCAGUUGCCUUUGCUAUUCUAGUAGUCGCCGUUGUCUCAUAUGCCAAAUCUUUUCCUGAUAUCUCCAAAAUUGAAAUGUUUGGAGGACAAAAUUUUAAAAGAUGGCAAGAAUGCAUUCUUUCGAUCCUUGACAUGUUCGGUGUAGCUGCUGCUCUCACAGAUCCUAAACCUGGAUCAUCCACUGAUCCAAAACAAUUGGAAAUCUAG